GCAGGUUUCGAUCCUAAAAUUCCUGGCUUUCCAAGGUAUUCCAUGGUAGUUAAAGAAGAGGAAGGUAUUUAUAAUCUUCACAUCAAGAAUGUAAAUUUUCAGGAUGAAGGUGAAUUUCAGUGCCAGGUUGGUCCAGCUUUAAACCACACGCCGAUUAGGGCUGGAGCACAGCUGAGGAUUCUAAUUCCUCCUGAGUACAUUUCUGUCAAUGGCCUGGGUCAGUCAUCGACAGUCGAAGUGAAAGAAAAUACUUCAGUGCAGCUUACUUGUCAAGCGGUGGGUAGCAAACCUCCAGCGCUUCUCAAAUGGUACAGAGACAGUCAUGAAGUAUCUAAAGAAUCCGUCCAUAAUGAAGAGAGGAAAGAUAAAGCGAGAUUCAUAGCAACGAGUUACCUGACUAUACGACCGCUCGUCUCGAACGAUGGGUCCAAGUUCGCUUGCGAAGCAUUUCACAAAGCACUUGACCACAGGAUGAGGACGGAGGUCACGCUAAGUGUCUUACAUCCACCAGGCCCUCCCCGCAUAGAAGGAUACGAGGAGGGAACCAUCGUAAAAGCAGGAGAGGCCUUAACUUUGAUGUGCAUUUCUGAAGGUGGAAACCCACCACCACAACUCAUAUGGUACAGGGGCAAUGCUCAAAUUGAUGCUACAUAUUAUCUGACCAUGGAUGACACUGUCACUGCUAACAAUCUUACGUUUAUCGUUAGCGCCGCGGAUAACACUGGAUCCUACUAUUGUCGAGCCUCUAAUUCGGCAACAAAAGAACCUCUGACAACAUCAAUCAAGCUCAGUGUUUAUUAUUUGUCUAACAAUAUGUGGAUACGAGGACCAAAAGAAGCUCCCCGAGGUGGUACAGUUACUUUGAGCUGCGAAACAGAUGUCAGCAAUCCCAGAUCCGACCUCUCAUGGACAAUUGAUGGCAAAGCCAUUGAGGCAGGGGAGGAGAGCGUUCGUGCCACAACAGAUGGCUGGAUUACCACCUCCAACCUCACCAUCACUCUGACCAGGCAGGAGCCAGAUAUGAAAGUGUUUUCUUGCCACGCCAAGAACCCCCACGUGACUGGAUCCGCUUCAACGACGCAUAGACUGCGAGUCACAUAUCCUCCGAAACCUCCAACCAUACUGGGUUAUGACGCAGGAACGCCUUUGAGAGUGGGAGACAUCCAGAGGUUCAACUGUGUUUCUAUUGGUGGAAAUCCCCCUGCUAUGUUGCGGUGGUUUAAAGGUGACAAAGAG